ACACUUACAAACCGUAUGGUAAUGAGAGAUCCCCAAACAAAACGUUCCAGAGGCUUUGGUUUUGUGACCUGCUCUUGUGCUGAAGAGGUGGAUGCUACAAUGUGUGCUCGCCCCCACAAGGUUGAUGGGUGUCUGAUGGAACCAAAGACAGCUGUUUCUAGAGAGGAUUCUGUAAAGCCUGGUGCCCUCUUAACAGUCAAGAAAAUUUUUGUUGGUGGUAUCAAAGAGGAUACGGAAGAAUAUAAUCUGAGAGACUACUUUGAAAAGUAUGACAAGAUUGAAACCACUGAAGUUAUGGAAGACAGGCAGAGUGGGAAAGAGAGAGGAUUUGCUUUUGUAACUUUUGAUGAUCAUGACACAGUGAAUAAAAUUGUUGUUCAGAAAUACUACACUAUUAGUGGGCAUAAUUGUGAAGCAAAAAAGGCCCUUUCUAAACAAGAAAUGCAGUCUGCUGGAUCACUGAGAGGUCAUGGAAGUGGGUCUGGCAACUUCAUGGGUCUUGGAGGAAAGUAUGGAGGUGAUAGAAGGCACUUUGGUUGUGGAGAAAACUUUGGUGGAAGAGGAGGCUAUGGUGGUGAAGGUGGUGGCAGCAGAGGUAGUUAUGGAGGUGGUGAUGGUGGAUAUAAUGGAUUUGGAGGUGAUGGUGGCAACUAUAGUGGUGGUAGGAACUAUACUGACUUUGGAAAUUAUAGUGGACAGCAGCAAUCAAAUUAUGGACCCAUGAAGCAGGGCAGUUUUGGUGGAAGAUGCUCAGGAAGUCCCUAUGGUUGUGGCUAUGGACGUGGAAGUGGUGGAUAUGGUAGCAGAAGGUUUAAAACAAAACAGAAACAGCUAGUUCUUAGCAGGAGAAAAAGCAAGGAGUUGUCAGGCAAGCUGCAGAUUACUUUGAGGCAGUCAUCCCAAAUGCAUUAG